AUGAGAAGAUAGAGGCAAUUCUGUCAUGGCCAUCUUUCUUCUUUAUCCCUUGGUUUUUCCUGCUGUCGUGUUACAUAAGGCAACACUGACAUUCUGUAUGUAGACAAUUUUGGAGGUAAUCUUUGGAAUUUUUAGCUUAUAAAGACUCUAAAAAUGGGAGGUCAGUGUCAUUGUGUAUCUUGGUGGUGGUAAAGGCUGAUUAUAUGGGCCCAGGCUGGGUUACUCUCAAACAUUCUCAGCAUAUACCCCACUCAUGGGGGAGGAGAUAUUGUGGGAAAUUCUGACUGCCAUCUAAUGCAACUACUUUCUCUAAUCCCCAGAGGCAAUCCUACAGAAAAAUGGCUACUAGAAAUGGUUCUUUUGUGACUGAAUUCAUUCUGAUGGGAUUAACAGAGCAACCGGAUCUCCAAUUCCCUUUGUUCUCCCUGUUUCUAGUAAUGUAUAUGGUUACUGUAUUGGAAAACUUGGGCUUGAUAGCUCUAAUUGGGCUGAUUUCUCACCUUCACAACCCCAUGUACUUUUUCCUCUUUAACUUAUCCUUCAUAGACCUCUGUUAUUCUUCUGUGUUUACACCAAAAAUGCUAAUGAACUUCAUAUCAAAGAAGAAUAUUAUCUCCUACAAGGGGUGCAUGACCCAGCUCUACUUUUUCCUUUUUUUUGUCAUUUCUGAAUGUUAUCAGUUGACAUUGAUGGCCUAUGAUCGCUAUGUGGCCAUCUGUAAUCCACUUUUGUAUAACACUGCCAUGUCCCCUAAAGUGUGUUUCAACCUUAUUUUUGGUUCAUACUUGAUGGCAUUUUCUGGGGCUAUGGCUCAAACUGGAUGCAUGUUGAGACUGAACUUCUGUGAUGCCAACACCAUCAACCAUUAUUUUUGCGACAUUUUCCCUCUGCUCCAGCUCUCCUGCACCAGCACCCAUGUCAAUGAGCUUGUGAAUUUUAUUGUGGCGGGCAUCAACAUUAUUUUGCCCAGUCUUACCAUCUUUAUCUCUUAUGGUUUCAUUCUCUCCAGCAUCCUCCACAUCAAUUCCACUGAGGGCAGGUCUAAAGCCUUCAGAACCUGCAGUUCCCACAUAAUUACUGUUUCUCUUUUCUUUGGAUCAGGUGCAUUCACAUAUCUCAAACUAUCUUCUGUAGGGUCUAUGAGUGAGGGAAAAAUCUCUUCUGUGUUUUACACCAAUGUGGUUCCCAUGAUGAACCCCUUAAUCUAUAGCUUGAGAAAUAGAGAUAUUAAACUUGCUCUGAGGAAAUCCCUGAGUAGGAAAAGGUUUUGAUCAAAAACAGAAUCUCUCUGCACAAGUAGUCAGAGGACA